UAAGCAUAAACGUGGGGGAGGAUCUGGAUCUCACAGAAUAUAAAGGGUUAGCGCUUUUUAAACAAACCACAGAUCCAAAGGCAGAAUGAUGACAAUGCACUUCUUCCACAGCUUCAUGGUUUUUGUAACUUGGCUUGCAGUCGCCAGGCUGGAAGAACCCCAAUUCAAAGCCAAAGCUACAGUGAGUUCAGGACACCAGCAACUCUUUUCAGGGGAAGAUGUGCAGCUGACUUGCAGUGUCCCAGAUGACCCUUCGUCCAGCUGGAAGUAUCAAUGGUUUCAUGAUGGUGUAUCCUUAGGCUUCACAACGGUGUACAGUAUAAAAAAGGCACGCGUCCAGCAAAGUGGAAGUUAUACCUGUCAAGGACAGAAGGCGAUAACGACCCAUCCUUAUACACAGUCGUCGGUACUGAGCGACCCUCUUAAAAUACAUGUCGAUGGUGGUUGGAUUCUCCUGCAAUACUCAGUUGAGCCAUUAAUUGAGGAACCGUUGACUCUGACCUGCCGUGUCCGCGAUGACCGCUUGAUUUCAGGUGUAAUUUUCUACAAGGAUGGCAUAAAGAUCAAGACCCAGAAAAACCCAGACCUAGUGUUUCCCAGCCUCAGUUUUGAGGAUGAUGGCAUGUACUCAUGCAGAGCCACGUGGCUGAAGAACCUAGAUUAUCAGUCUGCCCAGUCUGUGCCUAAUUCUGUGGCUGUGUUAGAGAAAUUGGAGACUCCCAGGAUGGUGCUUCUCACAGAUCCGAAUCAGGUGACGAUCGGGAAGCAGGUGGUCUUCAGAUGUAUCACCAAAGUAAAUACUAGAGAACAAGGCGUGAGUAUAGAAUACCUCUACAUCAAAGAUGACAAGAGGCUAGAACGUCCUUCUGCCAAAGACACGUACAUCAUCACAAGGGUGAGCAAAGAGGAUGCCGGAAGCUACACCUGCAAAGUCUCUGUAAAGGCUCUGAAUGUGGAGAGGUGGAGUAACCAUGUACAGCUGGAGGUCCAGCUAUUCUGAACUUGUAUACAAUGCAAUGUAAGUUUCUGAGAGUUUUUUCUGGGUUUUUAGUUGCAGGAUAUUAAUUUAAUAUCUAACACACCAUAUCAUUUUAGUUCAUGUCCUCGAGACAUAAUAAUUAUUUGGAUUAUUAUAUCCAUUGUAAGUACACACUUUAAGUAAAGUCAUGUGGUACAUGCUAAAUAAAAAUUCCUUUAUUUAGGUUUAACCAAAAAAAAGAAAAAAGAAUGAUUUCAAGUUUGAGCCAGAAGCAGAGAUUCAGAGAAGCUGAGAUUCUUGCAUCAUCAUGCAUCGUUUAUUUUUAACCAAACGCCACUAUUUUCUCUUUGCUGCUAAUAGAAGCAUGUUGCAGACCUGGAAUGCAUGGCAAGACUGCUAUUCAGCUAUUUUUCAGGUUCUUCAAUGUCUAACAAUACUUUUUGUUUUGUACUUUUUGUACUUUUUGCAAAACUUCUGUUUUUUUCACUUUCGACCAUCCGAUUAUACCUUUGACCCUAUAAUGCAUGUUUUAUACUGGAUUGUCAUGUUGCAAAUUAUAUAUUGUUUUCUAUACCGUAUUUAAUCAACUGUAAUUUUUUUGAGAUUAAAAUUGAGCCUAUAAAUAUCA